AUAAUGCACCUGUCCACAGAACCUGAAAAGCCAUUUUGUUGUGCAAGCUAGCAGUUUGGGCAGGGAAACUCUUGUCAACAUGACUGAUAUGGACCUGUGACACAAACGCUUAUCAUACCGCUCUAUCGAGUUAGUUUGCUAUGUCCAUAUGUUAAAAAUGAACCUACUCGCGCGCGGAUAUCGGCAGAAAUUUUGUGGUGCGGCAAAGAUGCUAAUGCGUUGCGGCGACUACCUUCAGUAUGCUAUAGUAACAGAAGCACACUCUAACUCUUGGCUAGCUGUCUGCUCUUACUGUUUUUAUUUGGUUAAGUAACCAAAUAUUAGUGUUUUUUCGCAUGUGUGAUACAUAGUUAUACUUGUCACUCAUGACCAAAGGUACUUAUUUUAACGUUGAGGAUUUGUGUGGUAACUAGGCGACUGAUAAUUCAAAUAAAACUUGGCAAAAACACUUGGAAGAACCAAGCGUAAAGCUUUAGAGCUAAUCUGAUCACCAUGGCCGAAGACACCAGACAGGACAAGAAACUCAACUUCUCGGCUUUAACGGACACCAACGGGAUGACCAGGACAUCUUCCCUGUCUUCAGGAAAAUCUGGCACUUCCAAGAAAAUAGUCAUAAAAAAUUUCAAAGAUCGGCCAAAAUUAGCAGAGAACUACACCGAGGACACUUGGUUAAAACUGCGGGAUGCAGUCAAUGCCAUCCAGAAUAGCACAUCUAUUAAGUACAACCUCGAAGAGCUCUAUCAGGCUGUGGAGAACAUGUGUUCAUAUAAAGUCUCCCCAACGUUGUACAAGCAGCUACGGCAGGUCUGUGAGGAGCACGUGAAGGCCCAGAUCCACCAGUUCAGGGGAGAUUCGUUGGACAACCUGUCUUUCCUGAAAAGGAUUAAUCGCUGCUGGCUGGAUCAUUGCAGGCAAACUAUAAUGAUAAGAAGCAUCUUUCUUUUCCUGGAUCGUACCUAUGUUCUGCAAAGUUCCUUGCUUCCAUCCAUAUGGGAUACUGGGCUGGAAUUAUUUCGUACCCACAUUGUCAGCGAUAGUGUUGUCCAGAAGCGCACAGUAGAUGGCAUUUUGGAGCAGAUCGAACUUGAGCGGAAUGGCGAGACAGCUGACCGCAGUUUGUUGAGAAGUCUGCUGGGAAUGCUUUCAGAUCUCCAGGUUUAUAAAGUGUCUUUUGAAGAGCGGUUUUUGUUUGAAACAAAUCGCUUAUAUGCUGCAGAGGGACAGCGUUUGAUGCAAGACAGAGAUGUGCCUGAAUACUUGCACCAUGUGGCUCGUCGAUUGGAGGAGGAGAAUGAUCGUGUCGUGAGCUACCUGGACCAGAGCACCCAGAAACCCCUUAUUAGCUGUGUUGAGAAACAACUUUUGGGAGAGCACAUGAGUGCAAUACUGCAAAAGGGUCUGAGCAUUCUGUUGGACAGGAAUCGCGUAACAGAGUUGGCACUCCUUUACCAACUCUUCAGUAAGGUAAAGGGAGGACUGCCCACAUUACUGCAGUUUUGGAGAGACUACAUCAAGUCCUUUGGUGGUGAGAUUGUAUGUGCACCAGAGAAGGACAAGGACAUGGUACAAGAGCUUCUGGACUUUAAGGACAAGAUGGACAAUGUGGCUCAGAGCUGCUUUGCAAAGAAUGAGGGAUUCAUCAAUGCCAUGAAGGAGGCCUUUGAGACUUUUAUAAACAAAAGACCCAACAAACCUGCAGAACUCAUCGCUAAAUAUGUAGAUUCUAAGUUAAGAGCCGGUAACAAAGAGGCCACAGAGGAAGAACUAGAAAGAAUACUGGACAAGAUAAUGAUAAUUUUCCGAUUCAUCCAUGGAAAGGAUGUCUUUGAGGCAUUUUAUAAGAAGGACUUGGCCAAGCGUCUUCUGGUUGGCAAGAGUGCUUCUGUAGAUGCUGAGAAGUCAAUGCUCUCCAAACUGAAACAUGAAUGUGGAGCAGCAUUUACAAGUAAGCUCGAAGGGAUGUUUAAGGACAUGGAGCUUUCCAAAGACAUUAUGAUCCAGUUUAAACAGUACAUGCAAAAUCAGAGUGAGCCAAGCAACAUUGAACUAACAGUCAACAUCUUGACCAUGGGUUACUGGCCUUCAUACUUGCCCAUGGAGGUUCACUUAACCCCAGAAAUGGUUAAACUCCAGGAAGUGUUUAAGUUUUUCUACCUGGGAAAGCACAGUGGGAGGAAACUGCAGUGGCAGCCCACACUCGGUCAUGCUGUGCUUAAGGCAGAAUUUAAAGAGGGAAGGAAAGAGCUACAGGUUUCCCUCUUCCAGACAUUAGUGCUGCUGAUGUUUAAUGAAGGAGAGGAAUUCAAUAUGGAGGAGAUUGGUACUGCCACUGGUAUAGAGGAAGGCGAGCUUAAACGUACAUUGCAGUCCCUGGCCUGCGGAAAAGCCCGUGUCCUCAACAAGAUUCCACGAGGGAAAGAUGUAGAAAAUGGAGACCGUUUCAAUUUCAACAAUGAUUUUAAACACAAACUUUUCCGCAUCAAGAUCAACCAGAUCCAAAUGAAAGAAACUGUGGAGGAACAGGUCAGCACCACAGAGCGAGUAUUUCAAGAUCGGCAAUAUCAGAUUGAUGCUGCUGUUGUGCGUAUCAUGAAGAUGAGGAAGACCCUCAGUCACAACCUGCUUGUGUCUGAACUAUACAACCAGUUGAAGUUUCCUGUCAAGCCUGGUGACCUAAAGAAGCGCAUUGAAUCCCUCAUAGACCGAGACUACAUGGAGCGUGACAAGGAGACUCCUAACCAGUACCACUAUGUUGCCUAAAGGGGAGCCACUGUGGGGGCCAUGCUUUCGUCAAAGCAAGAGUUCCAAAGUAGCCUCAAUAUCCUUCAGCCACUCAGUUUAUAUUUGGAGCCAUGUGCAGGGUGCAGCAUGAAAAUCACACAGUGAUCCUGAGAGAAUAGACUCAGUUUACCCCAAACACAUCUCUGAUGGCCCUAGCUUCUGCCAAGGAAAUCAAUUCAGAGAGGAGACUCGGGGUGGGAAGUGUUUUUUUGUUUGAGCAAAAAAAUAAAUAAAUAAAAGACUAGCACUUUCCUUUGCUUUUCCACUGUAGGCGCGGAUUUUAUGUUGGUUUGUUUUCCCUAUAUUGUUUUGCUCUAAAUUAAGAGCAUUUGCUCCAUGUUGCAUUUUAAGUGUUCAUUUUUUUCCUUCUGGGAAGUUCUCAAGAAAGUUUGAUUGUUACUGAUGUGAAGAGAAGGCCAUGGCUGACAAAUGCAAAUGCAGGUAAACUACUUCGUUCUAUUUUGAGGGGGUCUCUAAUUGUUUAAAUAAAUUGUUCUAAUGUAUUGAUUUUGUGUGUGUGUGGUCAAAAUCACAUUAUCAAUGUAACCAUGAAAAGUUAAAUAAAUUGAUAUUUAAUUAAUCAUUUGACAGCCAGGUGUUGUUUAGUUUGAGAAUUCCUUUGUAGAUGUUUCUGUUAAGUGCACAACAAAAUACUUAACAGCAAUACAAUUACAAUGUUUGUGGAAAAUGGUUUAUCUGCUGUUCAAAAUGUGAUCGUGAUGUGUGAAGGGAAUGUUACAGGAUUCUGUUAAGUAUUGAAGACCAGCAUUAAAGCGGCCUCUGCGUUCCUGGUAGGGUUUUACA